UUCCUCUCCCCUCCGCCGACCCUCUCUCACCGCCCAUCCCUGCACGCACACAUGUCGUCCACCAGCAUGUACACUCGUGCCCUUGUGGUCGUUGCUGUGGCCCUCUCGCUCUGCUUCGCCACAGUUGCUCUCCCCGUCUUUGACUCGCAGUACACCGAGGACUGCAUGACCCGCAGCUUCUCACAGGAGACCAUCAAGCCUGGCUUCGAGAUCCCCCAUGAUGGCGUCCACCUCCACUCGUUCCGCUCCGCCUCGGAAGGCAUUUUCCACACCGAGGUCUCCGACGUACUUCGCGACGACCGCGUCCUCAUCCUCGGCGUGCCCUUUGCCAUGGAGACCAGCUACCUCGCCGAUCUCAAGUACUGGGCCAAGGAGCUGAAGCAAGUCCGCCGCCAGCUCGGCCUCGAUCACGUCUUUGUCGUCAUCGCCGGUAACCCGUACGAGGCCAAUGCCAUGCACGAGUCCGAGAGUCUCAACGGCGAGCCCAUCGACAGCAUCAUGUCGUUCUGGUCAGACUCAGACAUGCAGAUCGCCAAGCGCCUCGGCAUGGUCUACGAUGCUCGUCCCGACGGCCUCGGCAUCACCUCGCUCCGCUACGCCGUUCUCGUCGACCACUUUGACGUCAAGUACGUCGCCUCUGAGCCGCACCACUCCAUCGACGCGGUCGCCUUCCGCAACCUCUUUGACGCCAUCCAGGACCUGAUUACCAGCGGCGCCAUUCCGCCACAGCUUCCCCGCGGCCACGACGAGCUGUAGCUGCUAAAACCUCAUCAGGCCUUUGCCUGCAAGGAAAA